AUGUCUGACACAGCUGUCAGCUUGCCGAGUUGGAUAGCAUCAACUUGUAACUCAAGCGAGGGCAUUAAGGUGGGGGAACAUGGUUCUGGUUUCUCUGGUACGCCUCAAUAUGCGAGGGAGUGCUGUGAAGCUAGUCUCAAGCGGCUUGAUGUCAAUUAUAUCGACUUAUAUUAUCAACACCGAGUUGACACUUCAGUUCCAAUUGAGGACACAAUGGAGGAGCUCAAGCAACUGGUUAAUGAAGGAAAGAUAAGAUAUAUUGGGCUGUCAGAAGCAAAUGCUGACACUAUAAAGAGAGCGCACGCAGUUCAUCCCAUUACGGCUUUACAAAUGGAGUACUCCUUAUGGUCUCGUGACAUUGAAGAAGAGAUAAUUCCACUCUGCAGGUGCACGGGAGAAAAUUUGGAAAAGAACGAGUGCUUCUAUGAAAGAAUCAAUGACUUGGCUUCAAAGCAUGCAUGCACUCCUUCUCAAUUAGCCUUAGCAUGGCUUCUACAUCAGGGAAAUGACAUAAUCCCUAUCCCUGCUACUAUCAUUAUUUAUAUUGUGGAAGAAUACUUGUGUUGGACUACUAAAAUGAAAAACUUUGAAAACAACAUUGGAUCUCUGAAUGUGAAGCUUACAGAACAACAGUUGAAGGAAAUAUCUGAUGCAGUCCCUGUUGAGGAAAUUGCUGGUAAACGAGACUAUGGUAGUUUAUCACAAUAUAUGUGGGAGUUUUCAACUACACCACCACUAAAGUAA